CCGUCCACUGUAUACCUGGUCCCUGUUGACAGUAUACGUGUCUUGCAGCUACAAUAGUGUUAUCCAUUGGCCAUAGACAUGGUGCGCUUGGUCCUCUUUAUCUUUCUGGUGCUUUUUAUUUCCUUGGUCCAAGAAACAUCUUGCCGCCCAUCUCGUACCAGAAAGGCUGUGCCAGGUCAACAGACAGAAGAUGACGACGUCAAAUCCCAGUUAGAAAAGCUCUGGCAAGAGGUCAACUCCUUAAAGGAAAUCCAGGCUUUGCAGACAGUUUGUCUGCGAGGGAUCAAAGCCGUCGGAAAGUGCUAUCUCACUAUCGAGGAACCAAAGCACUACCACGAAGCAAACGAAGACUGCAUCGCACAGGGGGGCACCCUUGCGACGCCUCGAGACGUGAACGAAAACAACGAGCUGAAAGACUAUGCAAAGCGGAGUUCUCCGGGUUCCAAGGACUUUUGGAUUGGAGUAGCUGACAUUGUGAAAGAGGGCCAGUAUGUUGAUGUCAACAGUAUGCCCAUCAGCUUCUGGAACUGGGACCGCUCCAAGAAGCAACCCACAGGAACCAAGAGGGAGAGCUGUGUUGUUCUGUCAGUGGCUGCACAAGGAAAGUGGUAUGAUGAGGUCUGCCGCAGCCAGAAAAAAUACAUUUGUGAAUAUCUUAUUCCAUAAAUUAGUAUAGCUCUGGAAGGGACCUGAAUGGCUGUUGACCCUGAAGGUAAUUUGUGCUGGUCAUUAUUAAAGACAUUCUCUUUUGUUUAAAUUAUCCAAUGCAGCUUUCCCCAAAAUUUUCAUAAUUACUCCUACAGUUAAUCUUAAAUUAUCUCACAAUUUACCAGGAUUUUGCUAUACUUGUUUAUGAUGUCUAAUGUAUAAAUAAACACAAAAGAUCAUAGCAAAGUAUGUAGUACAACUGUGGCCAUUAAUAUAUAAUCAAAAGAACAACCAUUUGAUACAUAUCCAUUGUGUUCUGAUAAAUAAGGUACAAGUAAGGCGCAAGAAGAAGAAUACUGUAUUGUCUCAUUAUGAUUGCAAGGAUACAUCUGGAAUGUGUCUAAUGAGUGAAAAGUCACCUCAAGUAUGCAAAGAGAAGUAACAUAUGCCAAAUAAAUAAAGUCGAUAAAUAAAAACCUCACAAUUAUUUGAUUCAUUUUAUUUUUCAAUCUGUCGACUAUGGUUUAACUGAAUUAUGAUUAUGCUAAUUUAUAACCAGUGCAGUGAUAAUAGCAUAUACAUUUUACUUAUUUAUCAGGUUUCACAAUUUAUGCAAUUGUAUUUACUGUUCCAAAAUAGGAACCUUCUCAAUAACUAAACCCAAAUACAUCAAAAUUGGGAUUUGUUUUCAUGUUGCCAUUCAGGCAGACUAUUCGAUUUGAGAUUUAGCUAUACUGACCUCUAGCGUCAGGAAACAUGUCUUACCAUUUAUACGACCCUUGUCUACGUCACCUCCAUUUGCUGGGGGAAACAACAUACAAAACAUGAUGCAUUAUUAUAAAAUAAAUGA